AUGCUUCCUGUGGUGAAGCCGAAGAAUGCGCGCUCGAAGCGCGCACUUUCGCAACGCGAGUCGAAAGAGUAUGAGAAUGCCAAGACGUCAAUCUUUGUCAAAGGCAGCCGCACGUCGGAAAAGGUGAACAUGGUGAUGAAGGACCUUGCUGCAUUAAAAAAACCAGAGGUGAUCCCAUUCAACAAACACAACGACGUGCUUCCUUUCGAGGAUGCCUCCAGUAUUGAGUUCUGGGGACAGAAGAACGAUGCUAGCCUGUUUCUUGUAGGCAGCAGCCAGAAGAAGCGGCCAGACAAUUUGUGCUGGGUGCGCCUGUUUGACGGCCAGGUGCUGGAUAUUCUCGAAAUGGGCAUUCUAGACGCGGUGGAUACACGUAUAUUCAAGGGACCGAAGCCCAGUGUUGGCAUGCGCCCCCUCUUUCACUUUUCAGGGCCCGAGUUUGCGGCAGAUACGCUGGAGGGCGACCGCCUGCAAGCGGCAGGUGCGAGCUACGAAGCUUCCAAUGCAUUCCUGCAUCUCAAGUCACUCCUACUUGACUUCUACCGCGGCGAAGAGCUGCAACCCAACAAUAUUGCGCUCAGUGGCCUUGAGUACGUCAUCUCUGUGACCAUUGCACCAUCGACGAAGAAGGAGGCCGAACAGCCAUCGCAGGAUCUCGAGAGUCUCUACCGCGCUGCGGGGCUCUCGGACAAGAUCACAGGAGGCACUCUAGUGCACAAGGCGCCGUCGUGUGUUGUGCAUUUCCGUGUGUACAUGGUGCGCAUGGUCGCAUCGGGGUCCAAGACGCCCCGGGUGGAGCUGAGUUCGUGCGGCCCUUCGAUCGACUUUGAGCUUCGCAGGCGUCUCCCGGCGGGUGAUCGUAUGCUGCAGGCGCUCCGGCGCCCGAAGACGGCCGAGCAGAGGAACACGCAAGGCAAAGGCAAGCGCAAGAACAUUGACACGGACGUUAUGGGCGAUAUGGUCGGCCGUGUUCAUCUCGGCAAGCAGGAUCUUUCGACACUCAAUGUCAAGAAGGUCAAAGGACUUCGCGGUGCUCGUUUUGAUGAGGAAGAUGGAAACCUUGCAUUUGGGGACGAAGACGAGGACGGGGACGAGGAUGAGGAUGACGAGGGUGUUGAGGACGACGAGGAGUUUGAGGAGGAGGAGGAUGAGUUUGAGGAGGAGUCUGAAGAGGAAGAUGAGGAAUAG